AUGAAGUGGAGUGACACGACUAUAUGAGAAGGACAUUCUCAGUGCGACUGCGGAUAAUCCCAGGGACCAGGAGAUCAAGCAGAUCACUCUAAGCAGAUAGCCAUCAUGCCUCACCGCCUAGUCAUUGUCCGCCACGGGGAGAGCUCAUGGAACCAGGAGAACCGCUUCUGCGGCUGGUUUGAUGCUGAACUGAGCGAAAAGGGCAUUGAAGAAGCUAAACGGGGGGCCCAGGCCGUGCAUGAAGCUGGGAUGCAGUUUGACAUCUGUUACACCUCAGUGCUCAAAAGGGCAGUGCGCACCCUGUGGUAUAUAUUGGAUGGCACUGACCAGAUGUGGGUGCCUGUAGUCAGAUCCUGGAGGCUCAAUGAGCGACACUAUGGUGGGUUGACAGGACUCAACAAGGCAGAGACCGCUGAGAAGCAUGGAGAAGAACAGGUGAAGAUCUGGAGAAGAUCUUAUGAUAUUCCACCACCUCCCAUGGGAGAAGAUCAUCCUUACUACAAGCUCAUCAGCAAGGACCGCCGAUACUCAUCUCUUACCCCUGCCGAGCUGCCCUCUUGUGAAAGUUUGAAGGACACUAUUGCCCGUGCCCUCCCCUUCUGGAACGACGAGAUUGCCCCCCAGAUUCGUGCUGGAAAGAGGGUCCUUAUUGCUGCACAUGGCAACAGCCUGAGGGGAAUCGUCAAGCACUUGGAAGGGAUGUCUGAUGCUGCCAUCAUGGAAUUAAAUCUCCCUACUGGAAUCCCAAUUGUGUACGAGCUGGACGACAACUUGAAACCAACAAAACCCAUGACCUUCCUUGGGGAUGAAGAGACCGUGAAGAAAGCUAUGGAAGCCGUGGCUGCCCAGGGCAAAGCCAAGAAGUAGAGCUGAGACAACAUGAGGGACAGAUUAAAGGAAAUGGGGGCACUAAAGCAAAACUGGGACAAAACAGAGCUCUAAGAGAAAAUAACUACAAAGGGACAAAGAUAAGAAAGCAGAAUAAAGGGGCAGGAUAUGGACUCCGGGGGCUAAAAGUCAGGGUGUAUAAGAAGAGCAAGAACACGAAACAGGGCCUCCAUGUAACCAAAAACACUCUGGAAUAUCUAGUGUGAUUGCACAACACAUACACCUGCUAUUCUAGAAGUCAGACAGACAUUGGUCCCCUUAUUUAUACACACAUACACUGGUUGUCACACACGUCCUUUUGACCACACACUCAUCUGCUUCUCUUUUGGACACACAGACACAACAUGUCCUAAUGACUACACACAUACACAUGUCCCAGUGAUUACACACGUGCAUACCGUCUCCAUAAUUACACACAAUCUACACAUGUUCUGUCCCAGUGAAAACAUAUACACAUACCAUCAAUUCACGUGCACACUAUCUUAUUCGUUGCAUAUGCUGUCCAGGUCAUCCUAUACAGUCUUAAGUUUCACUUAUAAGCCCUACGGUACAUAUGGCAUAGCAAUUUUCAUUCAAGUAUAAUUUAUUUUGAUCUCUUUGUUAGAAAAUCCAUAAUUAUGUUCUUAUUUCCAAAUAAAGAAGUAAUACAGCC